AAGAACUCUCGCCGAAUGUCAGAGUUAUCCGCGCCACCAUCUGUCUCGGAUUUCACAAUAAAAUGUGUUGAGAGUAAACAGCUUUUCGCGGCAGUUGAAUCUAAUGACAAAGAUGAAUUCUUGAAGUUGUAUUCCGAACUUCCGCCACGGAGUCGUCCACAUGUGUGGCAACUACGGAAGUCGGAUCGGGGUGAUACACUGGUACAUAUAGGUGCUCGUCUCGGACUGUCAUGGCUGGUAGGUCUAGCCGUUAGUGAAAAUGCUGAUGUCGCCCUACACAGCCAUCACAACAAACAACCGCUCCACGAUGCCGCUCAAACUGGUGCUGCUGAAUGUGUCAAAAUACUACUUUGUUCAAAUCGACUACCAGUGGAUCCUCUAAAACGUGCGGAUUGGACCCCUUUGAUGUUGGCUUGCGCCGCAAGUGCGAAUAAGCUAGAUCAACAGAUUAUGAUUUCAACUCCCUCUUUGCAUCGAUUCACUGACUGUGUGGAGUUGUUGCUCCAACAUGGAGCAGAUCCUUCAUUCACAAAUAAGGACGGAUGGAAUUGUCUGCAUGUAGCUGUUCGUGCAGCAUCCCCAUCUAUUGUUUCUCGGCUAUUGAAACACUCCCCAAACACGAUAUUCACACGAACUUCCAAUGGUCGGACGGUUCUACACUGUCUGGCUUGCUGUCAGACCCCGUCACCAACAGACGUUCGUACCGUUGCGCAACUUAUUCUGGAGCGUGCACCUUCAUUACGAUUCCUACCAGAUAACUGUGGUACUCUUCCUGUGUUUGACGCUUUGCGAAGGGGUUUGCUUUGUUUGGUUGAUGUGCUGCUACAGGUUGAUGCAGUUAAACAGCUUACUGCACGGGACAUUAUGGGUCAGCAAGCAACACAUAUGUGCUCAGAAACCGGACAGCUGGAAUGUUUAGAACUCGUUAUCAACCACCUUGGUCCGCGUUCCUUAACUUCUCCUGUGCCUUCAGAUUCUUCGAGUGGAUUAGCUGGAGCUCAUCCACUUCAUCUUGCCUGUCGUUCUGGUCAACACCGAAUUGUCAGCUACAUCAUCGAUCUCUGGAUGCGCACUCAGAAUUCUGUCUGCCCUGUCACUGAUUGGCUGUUGCCCCUAGACUGUGUGGGUCGUUCCCCCUUCCAUUACGCCGCGUUUGGAACAGCUGGGUGGGGAGCAGUUCACAGAGAGGAUAGACUUUUGUGUAUAAAACUGAUAUGUGAUCAUUUUUUACAUCAUUGUUUGAACGACCAACAAUCUUCCCACUUUUUUCGUAGUAUAUUGAUUGCAAUGUUGGAAAUCCAGUGUCUGGACCCUGAAUUUCGACAUCAAUUUCAGAAGUGUUUAGAGUGUUCAGAAGUGGUGAAAAAUAAAUCCUCCGUCUCUGGUUCGUCCUGAUUGAUUAUUUCAACCUGUGUUUACUUGCAUCCCAUUUCUCACCAUUUCCCAGUUCGACUGAAGGGUUUUUCUGUACUGGUUGACUGAGCAUAGAUAAAGCUGUCUUUCAAAGUAGAUAGUUAUCGC